UCUUGGCGGAAGCUUAAGGAUAUGGCGCUUUGGAUAAUGAAAAAGCACCAUGAGUCCAUGACGGGUUGCCAAACAUACAAGAACUUCCGUUGACACAAGGAGUUAGGGACGUCGACAUAUACUUUUUAAUAGUGGUUUUGGAUAUCCUUGUGGAAUCGAAGAAAAUUUCUCACGCCUGUUAAACACUUCACGCGCGGUACCGCGCCUUCAGAAGCUUCUAGUUGAAGCCACACUGUACAUGGACAACUAUGCUGAAAGUGACUCUCAUCGCCACCACUCAUACAUACCGGUGGAAUCAAACUUCAGGGAGGGUGCCCACGACGAAUCCCAUAUUGCGUCGCCUGCAGAGAAACGGCGAAUAUGGUGGAGAGCAGCCAUCAUUAACGCGUGCUUUAUAGCUUCGUGGUACAUAUUCGCAACCGUACUGUCUCUGUACAACAAGUGGAUGUUUUCGCCAGACCUCUUUGGAUUUCCGUAUCCACUCUUCGUGACUACCUUGCACAUGUUUGUUCAGUUUGUCUUGGCUGCUGCACUUCGUUUCUGUUUCUCGCAUCAUUUCCGCCCAGAAAGAAGUCCGUCUGUGAAAGAUUAUGGCAAGAAGGCAGUUCCUACUGCUGUUGCUACCGGUCUCGACAUCGGUCUAUCAAAUCUAUCACUCAAGACCAUUACUCUAUCAUUUUACACAAUGUGCAAGUCGUCUUCUCUCAUCUUCGUGUUAUUCUUUGCAUUUUUCUUCCGUUUGGAAGUGUUUUCGCUGCGACUCGUCGGCGUCAUCCUUCUCAUCUUUGGUGGGGUGAUUCUCAUGGUUGCGUCUGAAACGGCCUUUGUUCUUCCUGGAUUUUUGCUUGUGAUGACCGCUAGCGCAUUCGGAGGUCUCCGCUGGAGCCUCACGCAACUCCUCAUGAAGAACAAGAAUCUGGGUCUAGAUAAUCCAGCGGCAACUGUAUUCUGGCUAGCUCCUGCAAUGGGCAUCACAACAGCCGUCCUAAGCAUCUUCUGGGAAGGAUGGUUUACGAUAUUUGCAUCACCAUUCUUUCGGGACACAUCCUCGACCAUGCGUUCGGGCCUGUUUCUGGUGGCUCCCGGUAUAUUGGCGUUCUGUAUGGUCAUGAGUGAAUACUACAUUAUCCAGCGUGCCGGAGUCCUGCCAAUGUCAAUAGCCGGAAUAGCCAAAGAAGUUUCGACAAUUACAGUCUCGGCUUGGUUUUUCGGAGACGAGCUUACGCCACUCAACAUAAUCGGCGUCGGAGUCACAGUUUGUGGCAUUGCCCUUUUUACGUUCCACAAGUAUCGCAAUUCCAUCGAUGGCAAAUUAUCAUUGGACUCGCAAGGGAACAUAAGAGCGAUAGACGAAGGCGGUUCUGUGCAUGGAGUCAAUUUCGAGCUUAGGGCGGCUAACCUAGGAGGUCGAGAGCACCUUGCGGAGCAGGAGUCAGAUGAUGAUAACGACGCACAUCACCGUCUGCUUGAUCAUGACGAUGAUCAUGAAGGUGAAGAAGAUGCCGAACUAGUUCGAAGCAUUCAGUUUUCCAGGUUCGAUUGGGAUGCCGAAAGAGGUAUAGACGAGAAUUAGGGCCCCGGGUGGGCUUCCAAUUACUGUAGUGCAUAUGCAGACUAGUUACUGUCAGUAGUUUUUCAAGAAGCUUCACUAAUACCCUAAAGGCAUAAGUGGGUCCUGCUCAUUGCCUCCUCUCUAUGGUUGAUUAUUAAGCUUACGUUUCAACCGCAAUAAUAGUGAACAGUUUGAGUUAUGGUUCAAAAAUUAUUGAUCCGAGGACAGCUGAGCUCUAGCUGACUUUUCUUCCGUUGAAGCCGGGAAGCACGCGACCUCACGCGACCCGUCACGAAGUUAGUUGUCAGUGAUGGGAUUGGGCCAGAGACGGUUGCAGGUUACUGCGGACAAUCUGAUGGGAUCAAUUUUGUCAGCACAGCAAGAAAGAGAGAUGGUACUUGGAUACGGUGUGAAAAUUUGGACCUGAGUUCCUCUAAA